AUGAUAGACACCAGAAUCCCCUCAAGCACUGCUCAUGACCCCAUGAAACCAACAUCGCGAACCCACAAUAGUCUUCAACAAUCAGAAACAUCAAAACGACCCCACGAUGCCCUUUCCCGUGUUUCAGACCCCGGGCCAAGGCACUCCACGCAAGCAACUGUGCUUUCAAAACACGAGGCAACCCGUCAGCCAGGCACACGGCAAGCAGGGACAGCAGGCACUACUCAUGACCCCAUGAAACCAACAUCGCGAACCCACAAUAGUCUUCAACAAUCAGAAACAUCAAAACGACCCCACGAUGCCCUUUCCCGUGUUCAGACCCCGGGCCAAGGCACUCCACGCAAGCAACUGUGCUUUCAAAACACGAGGCAACCCAGUCAGCCAGGCACACGGCAAGCAGGGACAGCAGGCAAAGCGAGAGAAAACAGUGGAGAUUUCACACGUUCAAGAACUUCUCUCGCUUGA